GCUAUAGAUAGUCCCAAUUCCAGUCGUCCGAGACUACAUUUAGACCCUUAUUUACUUCUGUUCGUUUUUGUAAAUUCUUCUUCAAUUUCUUUCAUUCUCAUGUUCAUGUUCAUAUUUCUCGAGACCACCAUCAAUUUUGUAAGAUUCUUUUAACUGCCAAACGCAAUGACUCCCUCCCAAUCUUAUGCAAAUAGCAAUGGCAUUGUCACCGGACAUCGUCCAUUGGUUCAAGGAAUAUACGUCCCAACCGUGGCAUUCUUCCAUCCAGAAUCUGAAGAGGUUGACAUCACAACAGUCGCCAAACAUGCUUCCAGACUUGCCACUUCUGGUAUUGCAGGUCUUCUUACCCAUGGUUCAAAUGGUGAAGCAGUUCAUCUCACACAUUCCGAACGCUCUCUCAUCACAUCCACUACACGUAAAGCUCUCGAUGAAGCAGGAGCAUCAUCCAUGCCUAUCAUCGUAGGCUGCGGUACUCAAUCCGUGAAGGAAACCAUUGAACUCUGCAAAGAAGCUAAAGAAUCAGGCGGGGACUAUGCAAUUGUUCUCCCACCCAGUUAUUACGCAUCACUUCUAAACCCACAAAACAUAUUGGAUUUCUUCACACAAAUUGCUGAUGCAAGUCCAAUCCCCAUCAUCAUAUACAAUUACCCUGCAGCACAGGGAGGAUCUGACCUUACUUCUGAUGUCAUUCUUACACUCUCUACUCAUCCCAAUAUCGUGGGUGUAAAACUCACAUGUGGAAAUACGGGAAAAUUAGCACGGAUUGCUGCAUCUGCCAAACCAUCUUUCCUCACCACGGGCGGUUCUGCAGAUUUCAUCUUACAAACCAUGGUAGUAGGAGGUCAUGGAGUUAUUGCCGGAUUAGCCAACUUGGCACCAAAAGCAUGCGUAAAAGUUAUGAGACUUUUCGAGGAAGGAAAGCUAAAAGAAGCGAGAGAAUUACAAGCAAUUGUUGCGAGAGGAGAUUGGGUGGCUAUUAAGGGAGGUUUCGUUAGUGUAAAGGUUGCGUUGGAGAGAUAUUAUGGAUAUGGUGGAUUGCCUAGGAAACCGUGUGCGUUACCUGAGAAGAAGGCGUUGGCGGCAAUGAAUGAUGAGUUUGCAGAGUUAUUGGAAUUAGAGCAGACUCUUUAGUUUUAUGAUGGAUGGAUGGAUGGAUGGAUAUGGAUGGAAAGGAAUUGGGGGGGGAAAAAAAACAGGAAAAUGUACUUGUGACGUACAAGAGCCUCAUAAGAGCUGAAUAAACAGGGUCAAUUAUAUUCCUUAGAAUCUACAACUGAAGAACUAUGGCUCG